GUGUCCAUCUGCAAUAAACACUGAUGAGAAAAAAGUGACUAUAAGAAAACUAGAACAAUCCUUCCUUUUCUUACAGACCUUAUUUCUCUUAAGGCAACACCUUUCUGAAAUUUUGAUUUCAAAAGAUAAUUUAGACUUAAUUAUGAGGGAAGCUGUAUAGAAAAGAAUCACCAAUUUUAUUAAUUUGGAAAUCCUCUACCAGACUGUACUCAUUGUGAUAAUAGCCCCUUGUGAGUCAUUGUAGAAAUCCCUUUAUACCCUGUCUGAUAGCAGAGCAUUCUUUACCUGAGAGAAAUCCUACGAAUUUACUGAAUGUGGGUGAACAUUUAUUCACAUGUCUCACUGAAUGGAAGUCAUGCUAAAGAGACACUGUGCUUUUAAGGAAUAAUUGAAAAGCCAUUAGCUAGAUGACAGAUCUCAUUGAAUAGCAGAAAAUUCAUACUGGAAAGAAAUCAGUGAAUAUAGAUAUAGCAUACUCAUUGAAUAUUAGAACUUUAUACUAGAGAGAAAAAUUUGAUUGUGGUACUGGUGGUAAAAUUAUCUCUCAAACUUUGUCCCUCGUUCUGCAUUUGAGAGGUCAUAUACAGAAGUUUUAUAAAUGUAAGAAAUGUGGAAAUAUCUUCAGCCAAAAGUAAAUCCUCAUUCAUCAGAAAAUUUAUACUGGCGAACAGUCUUGUGAAUGUGGAAAAGCUUCCAUUCCAAUGUCACACCUCAGUCAGCAGAGAAAUUAUAGUGGGGGAGCCCCCUUUACCUGUCAGGUAUGUGGGAAAAUCUUCAGCCACAAAUCCAAUCUAACUGAACAUGAGCAUUUUCAUACUAGAGAGAAGCCUUUUGAAUGUAAUGAAUGUGGGAAAGCCUUUAGCCAAAAGCAGUAUGUCAUUAAACAUCAGAACACCCAUACUGGAGAAAAGCUUUUUGAAUGUAAUGAUUGUGGAAAAUCCUUCAGCCAGAAAGAGAACCUCCUUACCCAUCAGAAAAUUCACACUGGAGAGAAACCUUUUGAGUGCAAAGAUUGUGGAAAAGCUUUCAUUCAGAAGUCAAACCUCAUCAGACACCAAAGAACUCACACCGGAGAGAAGCCUUUCAUAUGUAAACAGUGUGGGAAAACCUUUAGUGGCAAAUCAAAUCUUACUGAGCAUGAGAAAAUUCAUACUGGAGAGAAACCCUUUAAAUGUAAUGAAUGUGGAACAACUUUUGGCCAGAAGAAGUACCUCAUAAAGCAUCAAAACAUUCAUACUGGAGAGAAACCCUAUGAAUGUAAUGAAUGUGGAAAAGCCUUUUCUCAACGAACAUCACUUAUUGUAUAUGUGAGGAUUCAUUCAGGUGAUAAACCUUAUGAAUGCAAUGUUUGUGGAAAAGCCUUCUCUCAGAGUUCUUCUCUCACAGUGCAUAUGAAAAGCCAUACAGGUGAGAAGCCCUACAGUUGUAAUGAAUGUGGGAAAGCUUCCUCACAGUUCUCAACUCUAGCCCUGCAUAUGAGAAUACACACAGGUAAGAAGCCUUAUCAAUGUAGUGAAUGUGGAAAAGCUUUCAGCCAGAAGUCACACCACAUUAGACAUCAGAAAAUCCAUACUCAUUAAGACCUGUAAAUAGCUUCAGAAUGGGAAAACACGCACCAGGAAUUUGUAUCUCACAGUGUAACAGAAAUAUUUUGAAGUAGAGCAUCCUGAGUGGGAUGAACUUUUAAACAAAUGUUAAGACUUUAGAGGACACCAAUAGUUCAUACUGAAGAAAAAGACAUUUGUAUGAUAAAGACUGCUCAAACAAACAAAAAAACUACAUCAAAAGUAA